CGUCCUCGGGUCACCGCACCACUUCUUGUCGAGUCAUAACACCGGGACUGUGUCCUCCUCUUCCUCCUUCCUCUUCCUCCUCCUCUCCGGCUCCUCUCCAUUCACAUCCCGGGCAGGACUGAGGGAUGUCGGGCACAGCACAGGACGAACCUGGAGCCCCGACUGAAGCUCAGGGGUCUCAAAUGAUCCACGUUUCUGUGAAGAGUCUGACGAAGAGCAGAGAGUUCUCCGUCAGAGGAAACUGCACCGUCACACAGCUGAAAUGUGGACUAGCAGAGCGCCUGGAGGUCCCGGCACAGCGGCUGGUGCUGAUUCACUCCGGACGUGUCCUCAGAGAGUCAGAAAUCCUGAGUCACCUGAAAGCAGCAGACGGCUCAGUCAGCCUCUGCAUGGUGCAAAGGCCUCCUGCUGCUCCCAGGACUGAUCCAGCUUCAGAAGCGGUUCAGUCAGACCUCACAGAUGACCCUGAUCCUGACCCUGAUAACUUCACACCUUCUCCAAAGUCUCCCCUCUGCCUGGGCAUGCAGUCACUGAUGGAGGAGAUCACAGCCAGUCCAGGUCUGAUGGAGAGCCUGCUGUCCGGGCCGUACAUCAGCAGCCUCCUGAACUGCCUCAGCCAAAACCCGGAGCUGGCUGCACAGAUGCUGCUGAGCCAUCCUUUGUUCUCAGGGAAUCCUCUGCUGCAGCAGCAGAUCAGACAGCAGAUCCCGCUCUACCUGCAACAGGUGACUCCACACUCUCAUAUCAUGAAACAGAUGCAGAGUCCAGAGCUGCUGUCAGCCAUGUUGAAUCCCAGAGCCAUGGAGGCUCUGCUUCAGAUCCAGCAGGCUCUUCAGACUCUGGCUGCAGAGGCUCCUGCCCUGAUACCCAUGUCUGGACCGGGAGACACCGGAGCGUGCUUUGUCGAUGCUGCUCCAGCAUCCGACUGUGUCCGUAACGACCAAUCAGGAAGUGGCCCUGGGGUUGCCACGGUGACAGAGCAGCAGCAGCAGUUCGUGCAGCAGAUGCUACAGGCACUCGCUAACUCAAAUGGGGUCCUUGCUGAGGAGAUCCAGGAGGAGAUGAGCGGCUGAGUCCUGAGCUUCAGAGACCGACACACACACACACACACACACACACACACACACACACACACACACACACACACACACACACACACACACA